UCGGGUCACAUCCUCCUUUAUUCCUCAUCCCUUCCUUCUUCUCUGUCUCUGCAUCCUUCUCCUUCCUUCCUCGCCCCUCUCUCCAACUUUCCUCUCCCUCCAUUCCCUGCAGUCCCCCCUCCUCCUCCUCCUCUUCCUCCUCCUCCCGUCAAACAUCAUACAAUCCCCUCCUAUCCCAAUCCAGCGCACCCUCGCUCUCUCUCUCCCUCUCCCUUUAUCUCUCCCUCCCUCUCUCUUUCUCCCCUUCAUCUCACCUCCAGCCAGCCAGAGCUCCCUCCUCCUCCUCCUCCUCCUCUUCCUCCUCUUGGAUCACACAGCCCGCCUGCUUUCGUGCACUUUCUCUUCUUCCUCUCUCGCUCUCACUCUUCAAAACCUCUCACUCUCUCCACUGUCUCCUGUCUUUUAUCUCUCUUUCUGUCUCUUUCUCCCCGUCUGUCCUCCUCUUCUCUUCAGCUGCCAGGAGCUCGCAGACUCUUCGCUCUUCCUUCAACACAGUGAGGACACAGAAGCACUCGGGACGAAGACUCUGUCGCUGGAGCCAAGAUGGCAAUGAGCAGCAUCCUCAACACUGAUGACAUCAAGAAAGCUGUAGAUGCAUUUGCAGCUGCUGAUUCCUUUGACCAUAAGAAGUUUUUCGAGAUGGUGGGUCUGAGGGCCAAACCCUUUGACGAUGUGAAGAAGGUCUUCAUGGUGCUGGACGCCGACAACAGCGGCUACAUAGAGGAGGAGGAGCUCAAAUUCGUCCUGAAGGGUUUCGCCAAAAAUGGCCGGGACCUGACCGACAAAGAAACCAAAAUAUUUUUAAGAGCAGCCGACAAGGAUGGAGACGGCAAGAUCGGAGUCGACGAAUUUGCUGCCAUGGUGAAGGAGUAACCUGCUGUGACGGUGCAGAGCUCCGACACCACCUCUUAAUCUCCGCCGCAUCCUGAGAGCCGCUGAGUCCCAUACCCCCCCC